UUAUCAUACAGCAUACACACAGCAGUCAACUUGGCAAAAAUCAGUUCUGCAAAAUUCUAAAACGCAAAAUGGACAUUUUUGAAAAUACUUUUGUAAGAGGGCCCUCGCCAUCAUACUCUGACGAAGCAAACUCGGAGACAGCUUUAUCCGUUACCUUGCCAAUUGGAGGUGUCGAAAUGGAUCUGGGCCGUAAGGAUUCGAAAUCGGAUACUGUGAAUUUCUUCGACGAGAAAUUCAAUUCGGACUACGAUAAUGAUAGCUAUUCGCAUUUGCAUCCCGGUCGCCUGAAUCGAAAUAGCUAUGCUUUUUGGACCGCUGUCGUAGUGCUGCUAAUGUUGACCAUAGGCAACCUAAUUUUGACGCUGACAAUAAUGAGCGUGCUAAGGUUGGGAAAGGGUGUGAGGGGCAUGGAAUUGAUUCCGGAAGUGGACUUAAUUAAGUUCUAUGAUGAAACCGAUUUGGAUCGCGUCCAAACAAAUGCUCUUGGAAUACAUGGCUUUUCAGAUGUACCCGUAUCGAUCAGCAGCGACGGAGAAUAUAGUGGAGUGCAUUUGCGAGUAUUUCGUAAUCUGAAUAGCGCUAGUGCCUUAAAUGAGCGUGAUCUGGUUGUUCUCGACAAGGGGGGCAUUGCCAUUGAAGCCAACAUGUUUGAAAUCAAAGAUCCCACUGAUCAAUCAACUGUUUUUACAACCCACCGCCCGCAAUACAACAUACCUGAUGGCGUAGAGGGUGUGCUGCAGACGAAGGUGGCCAGUGCGAGCCGCGUAUCCAGCCCAAUCGACGUGCCUUUAAUUAUGGAUAGCGACGGCCACAUUGUCAUCAAGGGGUCCGAGGGCGUGUCCUUCGAUGGGGCCACCAUAGAGGUGCAAGUCGAGCAUCACGUUUCCCUCAACUCAACUCAGGGUGCCACAGUGCUGGAGGCAGGUAAAGGAAUUUUCCUUGACAUGGAUCGUAUACCCGUUGUAAGCUCGGAGUUGGGCCUUCGCACUGGAAGUGUGCAGUACAAGAUUUGCGUAUGCAUGCCAAUUGGCGUACUCUUUCGCAUAGCUAUCCCUCGUGUGCACAACGGACCAAAGAUAUCUUGCGCCCACUUCGACAGCCAGUUCGAUCCCUGUGAGAUCAACUGACUCUGCAAUAAAAUAAAUAUGACAAUAUCUAAUAUAUAGUAUAUUCCCUAUUAGAAAUGUUACGUAGCAAUUUUUUAUUUGUAUUUAAGAAAAAUGUACAAGCACUUGGAAGGUUAGUUGGUAUGCCUUUAGAGAACCCUACAAUGAAUUCGUUUGUU